AUGCCAGUGUUGACGAGUCCAGAGAUCGCCAAGAAGUUCAAAGAGAAAUGGAUGCUGCUGCAUCCGGAGGAUCAAGAGGACGCGGGCGGCGCGGUGAGCUUUGAUGACAGUCUCACGAGCCUCCACUGGCUGCAGAACUUCUCCAUCAUGAGCGCGGCUCCGGACAGAGCGCCCGGUUUCGGCUGGCGACCGCAGCAGCUCGUGCACCCGCCGGGCGGCACUGAGUCUCCGUCCAGCCCUCCAGCCGGUGACACGGCCGCCUCGGGCACCGCACACACUCCCGGAAACCCCGCCGCUUCCUGCAGCAAGCUGGCCGCAGCGAGCGCGAGCGCCUGCACACCAGUAUACGGGCACAGCGGAGCCCAGUCGCACGAAGAGGUCGAUUAUAAAACCAACCCGCAUGUGAAACCGCCAUACUCAUACGCCACACUCAUCUGCAUGGCCAUGCAAGCGAGCAAGAAGACCAAAAUCACCCUGUCCGCCAUCUACAGCUGGAUCACCGACAACUUCUGCUACUACAGACAUGCAGAGCCCAGCUGGCAGAAUUCAAUUCGCCACAACCUGUCUCUGAACAAGUGCUUUAUGAAGGUCCCCAGGCAGAAGGACGAGCCGGGAAAGGGAGGCUUCUGGCAAAUCGAUCCCCAGUAUGCAGACAUGUUUGUGAAUGGCGUCUUCAAACGAAGGCGAAUGCCUGCUACGAAUUUCAGCACCCAGAGACAAAACAGAAUUCUGUCUACUUGUUCCUCUUACAGCCCUCAGCGCAACACACAAACAGGCAUGAAUCACUACCAAGAACCUGUAGCAGGAAGCAAGCGCAAACAGGCCUGUCCCAAACGAGCGGGAAAACUAGGGAGAAUGUCCCAGUCUCCCCUGUUGGCGAGCGAGAUCAAAACAUCAGAUGUGCUCCGGGGAGAUUUCGACCUGGCCUCAGUGUUUGAUGAUGUCCUCAGUGGAAAUGGCAGCACGUUUGAGGACCUGGACAUCAACACUGCUCUGAGUUCCCUCGGCUGUGAGAUUGAGGUGUCCGCUCAGAACCAGCACGUGUCCACUGUGUCCAAAUGGUACAGCAACGAGGAUGAGCAGGCCUGUGCUUACUUGGAAAUGAGCAGCAUGAUGGGAUGUAGCAUAGAAGACUUUCAAUGCCAGCAGCAGCAGCCACAGCAGCAGCAGAUACAGACCCAUCAGCAAUAUUACGAGGGACUGGCACUGUUUUCAGACCUGCCACAGCAGCAGCAACCCUGGGAGAUUAAAGAGGAGGCGCAGGCUAUUCCUCUGUCUCUGGAUCAGGGCUACGGUCUGUGUGAAGGAUUUUUCUCUGAGAUGCCUAUGUGGGAGAGGGGAGAGGUGUUUCCCUGA